AGCAUCGGCCUCCGAAGCUGCUCCUCCCAGCACCACCAGUGGGUGCCUGAUCGGAAAUGCUGCCCAGGACACAAAGACGACUCAAGCGUUUGGGCAGCCUUCUCCUUCGACCAUGUCCAGCUUUGCUAGCGGGUGGCUCGGAGCAUCGGCCUCCGAAGCUGCUCCUCCCAGCACCACCAGUGGGUGCCUGAUCGGAAAUGCUGCCCAGGACACAAAGACGACUCAAGCGUUUGGGCAGCCUUCUCCUUCGACCAUGUCCAGCUUUGUGAGCGGCGGGUUCGGAGCGUUGGCCUCCGAGGCUCCCAGCAUCAGUGGAAGCCUGUUUGGAAAUGCUGCCCAGGACACGAACCCGUUCGAAACAACGACUUCAGCGUUGCUUGACCCUUGGGUGAGCUACGCAGGUCGUCGUCGCUUCGCAAGGGCGAUGCGACGUUGCGUUAAGGGUGUCGCCGUCACUGCGAGCGGGGGACUCGGAGCAUCGGUCUCCGGCACCACCAGUGGGAGCCUGAUCGGAAAUGCCACCCAGGACACCAGCCAGUUCAAAACGAUGACUCCAGCGUUCGGGCUGCAGCCUGCCCCUUCAACCACGUCCAGCCUUGGGAGUAUGGGGCUCGGAGCACCGGCGUCCAGCACCACUAGUGGGAGCCUGACCGGAAAUGCCUCCCAGGGCACGAGCCAGUUCAAAACGACGACUCCAGCGUUCGGGCUGCAGCCUGCCCCUUCAACCACGUCCAGCCUUGGUGAGGAACGCACUGCUUCGCUUUUAUUUGGUUCAUGUGUGCAAAGAAUGUGUCGCAUGUACCACGAAAGCUAA